AUGAGCUGCCACACUUGUGGCGCACCUUUGACCUGUGCUCGUUUCAUCCUAUCCUCCAACGUGCACUCUCGCUACUCGACGACAUUCUGUUCUCCAACCUCACAUGCUGCCGUCGCCGUGGAGGACUACGCCUACCACUUUGGCUUUGGGUCUGCAGACAUGUUUCGCAACAGGCAGUCCCAAAAGCCCACCGAUGACCUAUACAAGAACUUCAAGGCCAACUUCUCAGCCUUAGGGCAGUCUGUGACCGGGACCAGUGCCUCGUCGCAAGCUGCACAUUCGCUCGCAGAUGCGCUGGAUGUACCGCUGAAUUCAAGGUCUCUCGAGGUCCAAAGCCACGACAUGAAGGAUGCGGACCCGAACGCUCGUGGUUCGCAUGAGGCAUGGAACUUUGGCGGUUCUGGCCUCACGCCAUCCAUGAUGGACCCAAAUAGCCACAGCUUCAACAUGUUCGCGAACCAAAUGCCUGGCUAUUACACGCCCACGCCGGGCGGCACGAACACGCUCUACCAUUCCCAGGCUGGUGACCUCCACACGCCCGGCUUCGUCAUGGGAGGCCUUGGCACUCCACUGUCCAUGCCAACUUCUGAAGGCGGCUUGCAUGCUGGUCACGCGCAUGCCUUCAAUGCCUUCCAUCCGGAUAUGCCUCAUCAGAUGCAGCAUCAGCAGUUCCAGAAUGUCGACCCGUUCCAUGUACAACAACAGCAUGCAUUUCCUCCGCAUCAUUUCACGCACCAUCCGUCUUUCGAGGGCCUGGAGGGACCGAUCGGGGAGUCUCCACUGGACGACCUGGGCAUGGACGCACCUCUUCAACCCAAACAUCAUUCGCCGGAGAUGCUUUUCCAGCCUCACAGCAUGCGAAAGGCGAUGCAACCGCCACCAUUACACCCGACCGGAGACAAAUUCCGUUUUCACGCGACACUCAACGCGCCAACUGCCAUGAUCAAGCAUAGCAACGAGAUUCCAGUCACCUACUUGAAUAAAGGUCAGGCGUAUACCCUCAAUGUAGUCGACACACGCAAUCAGACGCCUUCCAGCUCAGCUAGGUACCGAACCUUCGUCCGAGUCUCCUUCGAGGACGAGCAGCAACGCGCAAAGCCAGCAGCAUGUUGGCAACUCUGGAAAGAAGGCCGUGGCACCAAUGAAGCCCAUCAGCGAGGUGGCCGGCUUCAAGCUGUCGAGUACGUCGAAUCUGGUCAGCUUGGAAAUGCAGAAGAUCCCAGCAAGCCACGUGUGGAACUCGAGUCACAGUCUUUUGACGGCUUCUGCGUGACCUGGAGCCCACCAACUGGCGCGGCCGAAUGCCCGAUCUCUGUUCGCUUCAACUUCUUGUCCACAGACUUCAGCCACUCGAAGGGUGUGAAAGGCAUACCUGUCAGGCUCUGUGCCAAGACCGAGCUCCUGGAUGACGGAGUCCAAGACCUCUCUACCGCGCGCGGCUCCGAAGUCUGCUUUUGCAAGGUCAAGCUUUUCCGCGAUCACGGCGCAGAACGCAAAUUGUCCAACGACGUGGCCCAUGUGAAGAAGACAAUCGAGAAGCUCAACCAACAAAUCGCACAGAUCGAGUCGGGAAUGAGAGAUCUAGGCAAGAGAAAGCGCGGCUCAAUUGCCAAACCGAGCGCCGAAGACAGACCUGGCAAGGUCGCGAAGCAUCGGCGGACGUGGUCAAUGUCAUCCGUGACGUCGAAUAGCGCUCGGGGCAGUGCCGAGGAGGACCUGCACAUGAAGCUCAUGACGCUGCAAGACAUGUUCACUUCCACCCGACCUGCGAGCGUUCUCUAUCUCCGUGGCGAUGAUGUGGACGACCCAGAUCUCUACCCCGUCAAGAUCACUGGCGAACCAGCGUCCUUGGUCAAGAACGAUUCAACAGAGUCAUCAGCCUGGGAUCGCCAGAGUGGUCUCAGCGCACCGCUCUCCGCCAGUGCAUCGCCUAGUCUGAGUGUGCACUCGUUAUCUGGUAGUCGACGCGACUCAACCCUCCAACAACCCACCCCGUUUGGGGGGCCUUCCAGGGUCAACUCUAGUGAAUGGCGAGCGAAUACUCAAACUGCGGUGGAAGAUAUCAUACCCGCAAAACCCCAACAGCUUGACAGUCCUCCUGCCAAUCAACCAGUGAAGGUUCAGACACGAUCGCCAACAAGUGGAGCUAUGACUGGCUGGGUAGAAGCCCUUGGAGUCGAUCCAAUGUAUCAGCCGCCAGCCGAAAGAGUCAUCAAACCCGUUGCUUGCUUCUACGCGCAACUGCGGGUACCUGGCGCAUCACCCGGCGAUAACUUCCAUCGUGCCAUCUAUUUGACUCAGAGGACCCUUAAGGACUUCAACAACGCCAUGGCUACCAAAAGCAACAUUGAACCCACAAAGGUCUUGCGCACAGUGCGCAUCAGUCGGCAAGGGCUUCACAUUCUAUUUGAUGACGAGUGUGUGCGCGAGCUCGCCGAGGGCCAAGAUAUGACUGCAGAGUUUUCAGAGAUCCAUUCUGAUUCUCCAUCACGACUUCGGAGAGAGUGGGAUGCCGGACCCACGGACGUUCAAUGCGAUGGAGAUGUCUCCGCCGUCGCGACAGUCAGCAGCACCGGCUACGAGUUGCGACUGCUUUUCUAG